GUAACGUUGUCGCCCUGCGGAGCGCUUUUACAACAGUAAACUGCAACAAUGAAGGGAUUCGCCAAGAGUCUGCUGCUGGCGCUGGCCAUCCUGCUGGCGACCGCCUUCUCGGCAACCCACGCCGGACCGGUUGCUUACGGCAUCUGCCAGACGGGCUGCAACUCCGUCGCUGUGGCCUGCUACUCGGCUGCGGGCUUCACGUUCGGCGUUCCGUCGUGGGGCGCCGCUGCCCCCUCCAGCAUCGCGGCCUGCAACGUAGCCCUGGGCAAGUGCAUGUCAUCGUGCGUGGCGGCUGGCCUGUGGCCCAUCUAAACCGCUAGCUCAUGUAAGGCGGGCAGCUGGCAAAGAGCUGCUUGCUUACUGCUACAGGGCGCGGCGGCCAGUGCGGCAGGGCACUACCGCAGCUUGGGCAGUUUGAACGAGUGACGUAUGCAGUUGGUUAGGAGCACGCUGGCAAUGGACAGGGCAGGUUUGCAACCAGCAGGGGCGGCAGGUUUAAACCGCUAGUCACAGCAUUAUUGUCAGCUUACUUGAAUUGUUGGAUCUAUUUGCCCGCAUAUGCGCAUCUGAGCCUGGACUCCUGGACGAAGCGGGUAGUGUGUAGGACUGUAGGUUGCAUCACUUAUGUGCACGUCACGGCAGUUGAUGUCAGGGGUGCACGUGCACACAGCACACCCAUGUUUGAUGUACCACACUAGGGCGUCAGUUGGGUGUUAGUUGGGGUGCACUGUACCCGACCCGCAUGCGUAGAUGCGGCGCGGAGCAAGGUUGUUGCAGGCAUGCACUUACGCCGUCUCCAUUUGUUGAUGUAAAAACACAGCAGG